UUUUUAAUUCAGUCAUUUGCAGGACAACUGUCGCGUUUUCUUGCCAUACAGUGCGCAGAAAUUUCAAGGCAGCCGAAAAGCGUGGCAAUACGCAGUCUAAUUAUUCAUAUUAAUAAUCAUGAGCGGCAACGUUUAAAUAGUAUCAUAUUUUAAAACAUCAUUAUUUUAAAAACACAUUAAAUUCACCGAACGAUUAUGUUUUUCUGUGCUUACGCUUUUUGGCUAUAAUAUUAUUAUGAGGGGAAAAAAACAACGUACAGCCAAUGGACCUGCUGCGUGGUGCCUACAGCGUAAUAGUCUCAUAAUAGAAUUUAGACUAGAUUAAACAUCAUGGAAAUGAUACAUUCUUGCGUCUUUUCUGCCGGUUGUACAGCUGUGCGUUGAUUUUUUUGUGCAAGGAACGGGUAACAUCAAUUACACAGAAAAUACUCGUCGGUAACAAUAAAUUUUUUAAAACCUUACAUGACAACCCGUCUGACAGACUCCAAUAACGCACCUUCUCUUUUUUAAACAUACCCUCCUCUGAUUGGCUCUUCAGCCGCCAUAAUCAACGUCACAUCCGGUAACAUUGCCGUACACGAAAAUGGCAACGCUGAGCACCGUUUGCGCGGCAGAUGGUGCGGAUCCCGAACCUGGGACCGAAGCAGACCUUGAUGUCGAACCCUCUUCCGGACUUACUCCAAUCCUUAAGAGGGAUCCGGUCAUCAAGCUUCUGAACCCGGUGAGUGGCUUGGAGCCGCUUGCCUGGUCCGAGGACCACAGACUCUCGGUGUCCUGCACCAGUGGCGUCUCGGUGAUGGACGUCGUGUGUGACGCUAAAAGCUACUGUCCCGAUCUGAUCAUUCAUCGGACGGCCAUUCCCGUACCGGAACAAGUCUGUGUGCUAAAGGUGGGUCCACAGAAGGAGGUGUCGGAAGUGAAGGAGAAGUUUGCCACCUCUAAGGACAGAACCGUGAGCCAGGCUGUGGUACUGGACCGGGUGAUGCAUCCCAAAGAGGGGGCCUUGCCUCCGAUGCAGGGCAUUAAGUACUCCUGCUGGUCCCCGGUAGGUUGCGACAACAAUAGCCGAUGCCUUCUGGCCUCACUGACACUGGACAACCGGCUCACUGUUUUUAGCAGUUCUGCACGCCUGCAGUGGAGCCCCCUAGUGGAUCUGACGGAGAUGUAUGGGCAGAUGUUGCGGGAAAAGGAGUAUGCGCUGUCAGGUGCCGAGCCUCCAGUGGGGCCUCUGGGCGACCUGGCAGAAAUGCGACGCCGUUACCGCAUGCAGACACCCGUGUGCAUGGAGUGGUCGGCUGUGUGCUGCACGCAGGGGCCUCAGGCCGGCGGGUUGGGGGGCACGGUGCUUCUGGCGGUGCUGAUGGAAAACGGCGACCUGGUCGUUUGGCAGUUGCAGCUGCCCUUCCGAGGGCGCGAGCAGGUGGUCUCCUGCAACACCCUGCAGUCGGGGGUGCCGGCACCCAGCGCGCUCGCCUGGUGGGAGUACGAGCACGGCGGACGCCGCAUGAGCGGACUCAUCGUGGGCGGCUCAGUGGGGCCUGUCAGGAUCCUGCCUGUCAACCUGAAGGCCAUCAAAGGCUACUUCACCCUGCGGCAGCCUGUGGAACUCUGGCAGGAGGUCGACCAGAUCCCUGUGCGCACCGUCAAGUGUGUCUCGGUGCCGAAUCCGCUGCAAAAGUGCAGCUGCAGCCUGGUGCUGGCCACACGUGGCCCAUACCUCUUCUGGUGCCUCCUGCAGAUCACAAAGGCUGGCCUGAAUGUGCACAACUCGCAUGUGGUCGGCCUGCACUCCACACCCAUCGUCUCCCUCGCCGUCGGCCGGCUCCGCGAGGUGGCCAUCUUCACCUGUUCGCUGGACGGUGUCAUUCAGAAACUCCGGCCCGUCUUCGCUGGGGCGAUGGUAACCUUCCGACAGGAGCGGCUGAUUCUGCCUGAGGGCGUGGCAGGCUGCUGGGUGCGGGGGGUCGCCGUUAGCCCCAACAGUGCCUACCUGGCCUUGGCCACCACAGAGGGCUUGACCAAUGGGCAUCACCCAGUCAGCUACAGCCACCAGGUCCAGUUAGUUGCACUCAAGUCGCCAGUUACCGCGGCCACAGAGCUGCUGGGAUCUCCCACCCAGAACCUUUUCCGGCAAGCGGACCUCCUGGACCUGGUACGCUGGAAGGUUCUGCGGGACAAGCGCAUCCCUGUGGGGCUACAGGAGGAGAUAGACAGCAAGUUGAGUGGCGGAGGGACAACUGGUGCCUACUUGUGGCGGUUCCGGCUCUUCCUGUAUCGUGUGCUUUUCCAGUCGCUGCAGAAGGCCCCGUCGGAGGCACGCUGGCGGCCAUCGAACGAGGAGAACAAGGUGUCCGCGGCCGAUGAGGAGCCAGCUGGGGAUGAAGAGGCGUCUGCGGAAUCCUCUGCCACGAAGCCGCCCGAGCCGGAGAGCGAGGGACCUAUGGAGGCAGAGGUCCUAGCCCAGAUGGAGGAGGCGGAGCUGCACGUGACACGGGAGCACAUGAAGAAGGUGUUGGGGGAGGUGUACCUGAACACUAACGUCACCGAGAACACCAGCAUCCCUACCAGGGGCCUAUGCGGCUUCCUGAACAGCAACCCCGCCUACAAGGACCGGGAUGUCACGGUCCUCCUCGGUCACCUCUUCAAGAAGAUGAACAAGCAGACGUUUCCGGAAUACUGCAGCCUCUGCAAAGAAGUGCUGCCCUUUGACCACUGCAAGCAGGCUGUUUGCAGCAACGGGCACCUGUGGCUCAGGUGUGCCCUAACGUACCAGGCGUGUCAGUCCCUGAAGUACAGACGUUGCUUCCUGCAGGACAGCGUGGCCAGACACCCCUUGCCUGAAGACCCCGACUGGAUAAAGAGGAUUCUCCACAGUCCCUGCACCUUCUGCGACUCGCCGAUCAGCUAGCCUGGAGCUUCCUGCCGGAGUCAGGCUCGCCGGCAUGGACCUCUAGGGAGCUUUAAAUGCACUCACCUGCAGUGCCGUUGAUCAGCAGGAUCUGUCAUAACAUGACAAUUGUGUGUAUAUAAAUUUUUUAAAAAAUUGAUUUUAUUUUUAUAAAGGUUUGAGCUAAA